AUGAAUCAUACCAACAACCACAGAAGACACCAAAGACGCAUAGCUCAAUACAACCAAUUCAAGGUUAGGAGAGCGUCCUCGACCCAUAUCCAGUUGUUCGACGGAGUACACAAGUGGUGGGAGGCCUUAAGUCACGUGGAUCCAGCACGUGAGCGGGUGCGAGAUCGGACAGUCGCUCGCCUCUCCCCCGCUUGUUACUCAUCCAUUGCUGAGGGGUCCAUCGAGUCGCACGAAGAGUCAACUGGCUGGGUACUUGGGUUUUCUGAUCGAAAUUAUCUUCUUCAGAAAGCACUUAUUUUUUCUUGCAUUUCUUCCUGGCGCUGGAUCCCUCGUUUUGGUCAAAAAGACCGUCGUGUGACAGCCGGUCUGGGGAAAAUAAUCGUCAACGUUCCCAGCCUGGCGUCAAUCGGAGGAUCAUCGAGCGGAAUCGGAGGCGGGGGUGCGCAAGGGGACAUUCUGGAGCCAACAAGUGCACGGAAUACUAAUAAUGCUUCUGCUGCUGCCGGCCCCGUAAUGGGAGGUACCGGCCAGUCGUCUACUUCUCCUGCUGUUGGUCCCGAUGGUUUGGGACAAGUCAAAAAGCGCACUGUCGCCAUGGCGGGGCUGGAAAGCUCCCCUGGCAGUGUCGAUGAUGUCGAGGACAAUGAUCAGCGGGAGGAGAAGAAGAGGCAGCCUGUGAAGCGAGCGUGCAACGAAUGUCGACAACAAAAGCUCCGAUGUGAUGUGAUUCAAGACCCAUGGACAGAUUGUUCACGAUGCCGUCGCUUGAAGCUCGAGUGCAAGAUCGAGUCCAACUUCAAACGCGUUGGAAAGAGGAGUCGGAAUGCUGAGAUGGAACGGGAGAUUAUCGAGUUACGAAAGCAGAUUGCCAGCGUGCAAGCCAACCCUGCUGCCAUGACCCCUCAGCAACAUGCGCCUUCUCUUCACUCCGCACAUGUCACUCCAAAACAAGAGUCGAGCCAUGUCAGCCCUGCGGGUGUAUAUCACACACCGUCCGCCAUCUCAUCCGAUCAGUACAUGGGCUCUCACGAGGCUGUUGCAUCUCUACUUGACUUGCGCUCCGGCUUUGAAGGCUCAAACUACAUGAGAAAUGGGAAUCUGUUCAAGCGGAUUGAAGACGUGGUGGUUGCGCCGGAGAAAGUGACCGAGCUAUUUGACCUGUUUUUCAUGUUUUAUCAUCCCUUUCUUCCAUUCCUUGACCGACAACGUGCGCCAGAUGAUUACUACAGCGUAUCACCAUUACUGUUCUGGACUAUCAUCAGCGUUGGAGCUCGGCGCUAUCAGACAGAUACCCAUCUGCUCAACUCGCUGGCUGGCCCUGUCACACGACUGGUAUGGAGUACGUUGGCGGAUAUUCCCCAGAGUUACCAUGUUGUAAAGGCGCUCUGUCUGCUCUGUUCAUGGCCAUUCCCUACCAGCAGUACCUCGACGGAUCCUACAUUCAUGUUAUGCGGUAUGAUGAUGCAAGUUGCCAUGCAGCUGGGCUUGCACCGACCGUCUCAUACCCAGGACUUUAGCAAGUUCCGAGUAGAACUUAUCGAGGAGGAGCUCAGAGACAAGGUGAGGACGUGGGCCAUCUGUAAUGUUGUCGCACAGCGGUAUGUUCGUAUCCUUCUACUUUCAUGGACCUCGGCGCUCACGGACUCUAGUGUUGCAACGGGAUAUGGCCAGCCACCAUCUACUCUGUACGACUGGACGCUAUCAGCGAGCGGGUCGGUGGAUCCGAAUUUCAAGUUGCCCGAGGAUAUUAGACGCAGACUCGAUGUUGAAAUCUUCUGCGACAAGGUCACGAAGACGCUCUACACUAAUCGGCGGGACCCUGUUGGCCUGUGCAGUGACCAAGAGAGAUCUACGCUGAUUUCUUUUCUGUCGCGGGAUUUUGAUGACCUCGAGGACCAAGUCAAGUCAAGGACUGACGCUAUAACCGACCUCUUUCUGCGUGCUGCCAAUCUCCAUCUGCACCUGUCGGCAUUCUUUGACGAUCCUCGAGCCAAAGACUAUCGAGAACGUCUUCUGUCUCUCUACGUUGCAACCACGUCAUUCCUCGAGGCAGCUAUGUCUCUGGAGACGGAUGUUGGCCCAGUCCUAUCCUAUACUCCCUACUACGUGUAUCAGAUGAUGGUUGCUGGAGCCUGCACACUCCUCAAGCUCUGCAAGAGUUUCUUUUCGGCGCAUAUAGAUAUGGACUACACCAAGACCCUUUUCAACCGAACCAUCUGGGCGAUUCGGGGUGUAUCGGUGUCCAGCAACGACCUCCCCGAACGGUUGGCGGAAGUCUUGGCCCAAAUGUGGCGAAUGGGCAGUACCCCGCAACAGAAAGCAUCCGCUACUAGCGCCGAGGUGGAUGAUACCUUGAUGCUCAAGGUCCGUUGCCGCAUGAGCAUGUCGCUCUUGUUUGACUCUGUCUGGCGAUGGCGAGAAGACGCACAGACCAAAGGCCGCAAUAUCGAAGCUUACCUCAAGAACCCGACAAAUCCCGACUCGAACUCGGAAUCUUCAGCGUCGUCAACCGCAGGGCCCGCAGGGCGCACCUCGUCCUCCACACCCGGCCUCCCGGCUGACCCAAGUCUCGCGUCCGCUACCAUGAUCCCACAGGGCAGUCUGGGAGUCGCCCCCGCCAGCGGAGUGACCAAUCUCCCCAGUGGAUUCCUCGAGCCCAACUACGAGGUCUUUGAUCCUUUGAACUGGCUCCUGGACGGCCUCGUCGAUCUCCCGUACUCCUACUCCGCAAUGUCAGGGAUGGAGCCACAAACUAUCGCCUGA